AUGCCGCCGACCAAUCGGAGAGCUCGCUGCGGGGUAGCGGCUCGACUCUGCCCAAGUCACGACUUAAGUCUCAUAGUCAGUAGUCAACUGUGUGUUUGUGUCAUGCAACAAUCCAUGGAUCACAUGCAGCCUAAGCUGCAAGGCACGUCUAGCCGGAUACUAUAUGACAUCCCCUGCAAAGUGUGCCAGGACAACUCGAGCGGAAAACAUUACGGAAUCUUCGCCUGUGAUGGGUGUGCUGGCUUCUUCAAGAGGUCCAUCCGUCGCAACAGACAGUACGUGUGCAAGGCAAAGUGCGAAGGAAGCUGCGUCGUUGACAAAACCCACAGGAACCAAUGUAGAGCUUGUAGACUGAGGAAGUGUGUGCAGGCGGGCAUGAACAAGGACGCCGUCCAGCACGAAAGAGGUCCUCGCAACUCCACCCUGCGUCGACAGGUGGCUAUGUUCUUCAAGGACGCUGAGGCAGGGGCUCUCGCCCUCCCAACGUCCGCACCCUCCGUACUGGACCUCGCCCUGCCCAAGGUGUCAUCCUCCACAGCGUCUCCUCCCCGGCCCUCGCCCCCGGCACAUCUCCUACCACCGCCGUCGCCCUACUUCUACACCACGCCCUUACCCAAGGAGCCCUGCUCGCUGCCUCCACCACUCAUGUUCAACUCUCCCGAGUCCAUCAGCGAGUACGCCGCCAGAAUACUGUUUAUGACAGUUACAUGGAUCAAGAGUGUGCCUGCCUUCACCUACCUCGCCCUCAAAGAUCAGUUGCUACUCCUGGAGGAGAGCUGGAGAGAGUUGUUCGUCCUGGGAGCUGCCGAGUACUUCCCUCCUCUCAACCUCACCUGUCUCCUGAGGGACUCCCAGGACCUCGCCCACGAGGUGACGAUCUUCCAGGAAUCCAUCGUCAAACUGAGGGGACUUCAUCUGGACGCCACAGAAUACAACUUGCUUAGAGCCAUUGUCCUGUUUAAAACCGGUACUCUCUGUGACGUCACGUCCGUAGCCUCCUUCCGGGACCAGACCCAAGUGACGUUGGACCACUACGUCAGCAACCGCUACCCUUCCCAGCCCCACCGCUUCGGCAAGCUGCUGCUGCUGCUACCGUCUCUGCAGGCCGUUUCUUCGGAUACCAUCGAGGAAUUGUUCUUCCGCCGCACCAUCGGCGAGAUCCCCAUCGUCCGUCUACUCUGUGACAUGUACAAGACGUCCUUCGAGCGGUCCUACCCCUACAUACCCCUGCAUCUGUCCCCACCGUCGCAGUGA